AGUGUGCCUCUCUCGUGUCUAUUACCCAAAAGAUCCGCUUAUAGUGGCAUAAGACCGCAUUCUCCUGCUAGUUCCUCAGCAUCGCAGGUGGCAUCUAUUCUCAAGAGAGCCUAGAUCCAACCUCCUCGAUUGCCGGAACCAUGUCCACAGCCACCCCCUCCACUCAAACGGGCUCCUGUCUCUGUGGCGCCGUCACGUACAAUCUCACGGGGGCCCCUUUCAGCUCCUUUCUCUGCCACUGCGCCAACUGUCGCAAGUUUACUGGAUCCACCUACCAAGCCAACUCGAUGUAUGCCGGACGCGACUCUCUCACUGUCACCAAAGGCGAAUCCAAUCUCUCCGUGCACGCCUACAACAACACCACCUCCGGCAAUACAUUAAGGCGGCACUUCUGCAAAUCCUGCGGGUCGCCGCUGUUCAUCUACCCGGACGCGGCUCCGGGUGUCGUUGUUGUCAUGUCGGGAGGAUUGGAUGACCCAGCGGCUUUUGCGCCGACGAAGGAGUGUUUUGUGAAGGAUAGGCUGCCGUGGGUGACGCCGAUUGAGGCAGCGCAGUUUGAGGCGGUGCCACCGCACCGGUGAAUUAGGGGUUGGGGUUGAGGGAGGAGGUGAUGAGACUUUGAUUUGGCAGGAUAGGAAUCAAGGUUAUUUGGAGAC